AUGUAUGUGGCUGAUGGGUCUGAGAUGAAAAUGCUGGACCCCUCCAUCCCCCGCCACACCCGGGCAGCCCCCUCCCGCCAGGCCUUGCUGGACCCAGCGCCUUCUCCCUGUCACCCGCUGUCGCCUCGGGCGGGGAUCGGUGCCCCGGAGCGCAAAGCCUGACGCUCCCCCUCUCCCACCCCCCCACCCCCACCUCCCACCGCCCAGGCCCUGGCGGCGAUGAGACAGAGCGGCGCCUCCCAGCCCCUGCUGAUCAACAUGUACCUGCCAGAUCCCGUCGGAGACGGUCUCUUCAAGGAAGGAAAGAGCCCGGGAUGGGGGCCGCUGAGCCCCGCGGUACAAAAAGGCAGCGGCCAGAUCCAGCUGUGGCAGUUUCUGCUGGAGCUGCUGGCUGACCGCGCGAACGCCGGGUGCAUCGCGUGGGAGGGUGGCCACGGAGAGUUCAAGCUCACGGACCCAGACGAGGUGGCGCGGCGCUGGGGCGAGCGCAAGAGCAAGCCCAACAUGAACUACGACAAGCUGAGCCGCGCGCUGCGCUACUACUACGACAAGAACAUCAUGAGCAAGGUGCACGGCAAGCGCUACGCCUACCGCUUCGACUUCCAGGGCCUGGCGCAGGCCUGCCAGCCGCCCCCCGCGCACGCUCACGCCGCGGCCGCCGCGGCCGCCGCCGCGGCCGCCGCCGCCCAGGACGGCGCGCUCUACAAGCUGCCGCCCAGCCUGGCCCCACUGCCCUUCCCCGGCCUCUCCAAACUCAACCUCAUGGCCGCCUCGGCCGGCGUCGCGCCCGCCGGCUUCUCCUACUGGCCGGGCCCGGGCCCCGCCGCCGCCGCCACCGCCGCGCUCUACCCCAGCCCCGGGUUGCAGCCCCCGUCCGGGCCCUUCGGCGCGGUGGCCGCCGCCUCGCACCUGGGGGGCCAUUACCACUAG